CUACAUGUUACAAGCUUCACGACCUACUAGUCACUAGUUUGGCACAAACAUGGAUCCACGGAAAUGCUAAGAAGCUAGCUAGACUGCUACAUUCUUAAUCUACAUUCUCAGAAGUAGAAUAUUCAUAGCGUACUACAAAAACAUUACAUUUAUGCUUUAACAUCCUGUCCAUGAUGUGUGCAGUCACUAUUUCACCAGCUCACCUGUAGAAGUAUGAAACUGCUUUUAGCCAGGACAGCACUGCUUCUCAACAUGGAGUCACGUGACAACACAACUGAGCAAACGUCGCCAUUUCCUCGAGUUUAACUGCAAGAUGAUUAGCGCCAUCUGCUGGCCAAAAUAAUUGCAUGUUUUUAAUUGCAUCUUUUGCAUUAAGAAAUAGCCGUGACCUAAAUAACGGGAACAAAAAGUAAAUAGAAAUACAGCAAUUAAUUUUUCUGCCACAUUUUCUGCAACACCUUUGUCUGUAAAUCUAUAGUUAUUUGUAGAGUACAGAGACUUAUAAAGUGCUGAUUGGUCUCACAAGGUAUCUGGCCAGUUCUGAGCAUAUGCUACGUAACCCAUAUCACUUUGUAUUAAAAAAUUAUUAACUGAAUUUCCGUAGCAUGCAAGGUACAUUUAGGUUCAUCCACAUGAGGUUUUGCAUUUGCCCUCAGAAUUAAAUAUGCCAAACUGAAUUUUUCAUUGUUGCUUGGGUGGUACCAUUAAGACUACACAUUUUGUAACUUUAGUAAGUACCUUUUAAAAAUAAUAAAGAAAAAAUAAUAAUUUAAGCUACAUAAUUGGACAUUUAAAGCUGUACUCUAAUAACUCAUUAAAGAUACACUACAUGCACCGUCACAGGGAAAAGAUGCAUACUCAGUAUCAAAACAAGUUCCACUGACUGUACCAUCCCAGCCACAAAGAAAUGUACAGCUUGGUACUUUUGUUUUUGACAAUGUAUAAGGGGAAAUGAAGUUUGGUGUUGGAACUGUUGCCUUAUUUAUAAUCUCUAAUAAUUUACACAUAAAAUAGCGUUAUGGAAUGGAAGGAUCAUACCUUUGCAGGUGUGUGUGUGUGUGUGUGUGUGUGUGUGAGAGAGAGAGAGAGAGAGAGAGAGAGACUUAUCGCUGUUCUUAACAGUGGUGCUGAAACAUCAGAGCUCAGAGUCCAUUCAUUUCCUUUUUACUCUCCUUUUAAUGGAUUAAACACUUACAUAUAUAUUUUAUUUAACUUUUUACAAGUGUAAUUUUUGAACACUUGAGCGUUGCGUCUUGGGUAAUAUGUUUAGUUUCCAUGCAUACUGCCAUUUGCCUCUGUGUAGUUAUUGGAAUUCUACGAAAUCGAGUUUAUUUUCCAAAAGAUUUACUAACUAUGCAGCUACGAUAGCCAUGGUAAAAUUUUAGAUUUUUUUCCUCUCACACUGUCUCUUUAAACAGCAGAGUGUUCUUGGGUUUGUUCUAUUGGUGUGCUGAAAGCCAAUAGGAAGGCUUUACAGUACAAAGAGAUCUACUCCCUCCCCCUUUCUAUUGUGUCAUUACUCUCAAAAGAAGAGCUUCAGCCGAGAGCUGGGAACGCGCACAGAUUUCUUCUGCUACUCGAUCAGUAGAAGAAUCAUUUUUACUACAUAUGCAAUGAGUCACAAGCGUAUUUAUCGCGCGUUAACGUGUAAGUAUUGGAAAUGGAGACACUGAGGAUAAAUAUGAGGAGAAAAUGGUGGAUUGCCGGGCUGCUCUAUGCGUUUGCUGUGUGGAAUAUUACCGAGGCACAGAUUCGCUACACAAUACCAGAGGAGCAAAACGAGGGCACUGUGGUUGGAAAUAUUGCCAAAGAUCUGGAUUUAAAAUUAUCUGAGGUGUUUGAACGGAAAUUGCGGAUUGCUGUCGAGUCUGGUAAGCAGUAUUUUGGUGUGGAUCUAACAAAGGGUGAACUGGUCGUGCAGGAGAGAAUUGACAGGGAGAAUUUAUGCGGCCAAAGCGCCACUUGUAUUCUUACUCUAGAAGCUAUUGCAGAGAAUCCUUUGCAACUGUUUCGUUUUGAAAUAGAAAUUCAGGACAUUAAUGACAAUUCUCCGGUUUUUCAAAAUAAGGAAAGCACGUUAAAUAUCGCUGAGUCAACUGUGCCUGGUGCACGAUUUCGUUUAGAAUCAGCCCAGGAUCCUGAUGUGGGAUCAAAUUCACUGCGCACUUACACACUGAGCAAAAAUGAGCAUUUUGCACUAGAUGUGAAAAUAGCUAAAGAUGGAUCUCGUGUGCCAGAGCUUGUAUUAGAAAAAUCUUUGGACAGAGAAAAACAGUCAAUAGUCAGUCUCACGCUGACUGCUUUAGAUGGCGGAAAGCCUGCAAGAUCUGGCACAACAAAAAUCUCCGUUCGUGUACUUGACACAAAUGAUAAUGCUCCAGUUUUUGAAAAACCUCAAUAUGACGAGCAAAUCACAGAAAACACGGCCCCAGGAGUGGUUGUGCUUACUGUAAGAGCUAUAGAUCUAGAUGAAGGCGCAAACAAAGAAAUGAGCUAUUCGUUUGGUCCUCACACCCCAGACACGCUAAGCAGUUUGUUUUCUGUGGAUCCAGCUACUGGUGAGCUUAAGGUAAAAAAUAAAAUAGAUUACGAGACCGACAGGUCCUUUGAUUUUGAUAUUGUAGCCAGAGACAAAGGCAAUCCCCCAAUGGAGGGUGUGUGUAGUGUCCAUUUGGAUAUAUUAGAUAUGAACGAUAACGCACCAGAGAUCAUAUUGAAAUCCUCACCCAGUCCUGUCCGGGAAGACGCUCCUGGUGGCACUGUAGUAGCUUUGAUAAGCGCCAAAGACUUAGACAAAGGUGAUAAUGGUCAGGUUACCUUGACUUUAUUACCUGGAACGCCAUUUUCUUUAAAAACAUCUUUAUCAAAUCAUUACACCUUAAUCACAGAUCAGAAAUUGGACAGAGAAGCGCACGCUGCGUAUACUGUUGUGAUUGUUGCUGCUGAUUCAGGAUCACCACAGCUCACGUCUAAGCAAGAAAUACUCGUAAAUGUUUUAGAUGUAAACGAUAACGCACCUGUUUUUACGCAGCCAUCUUAUGUUGUCCACGUUAAAGAAAACAGCGCUGCUGGAUCAAUACUGUGUUCGGUGUCGGCUUCUGAUCCAGAUCAGGGAGAAAAUGCUAAAAUUUCUUAUUCUAUUUUAGACUCCAGAGUACUCGACGCGCCACUGUCAUCUUAUAUCUAUAUUAAUUCAGACAAUGGGAGCAUUUUUAGCAUGCACUCAUUUGAUCACGAAAAGAUGAAAGUGUUUCAGCUCCAAGUCCAAGCGAAAGAUCACGGCUCUCCGUCUCUGAGCAGCAACGCCACGGUUCAUGUUUUUAUCGUGGACCAGAACGACAACGCCCCCGCUGUCAUUUACCCCUCCGCACUCAUGGGCUCUGUGUCUCAUCAGAGGAUGCCCCGCUCCGCUAAAGCAGGACACCUCGUUACUAAAGUCACAGCAGUGGACGCUGACUCGGGCCAUAACGCCUGGAUUUCCUAUCGGCUAGCGGAGGCCACGGACGCGUCUCUCUUCACUGUCACUUUACACACAGGAGAGGUGAGGACUAAGCGCUCUGUUGUAGAGCAGGAUGACUCCUCUCAGAGACUGCUCAUAGAGAUAAAGGACAACGGAGAACCGGUGCAGUCCACCACAGUCACUGUGGAUAUACUGAUAGAGGACGGCUUUCAUGAACCAGUCUCAGACUUUAGACACAAAAACACAGAACCUGAUAAGAAAAGUAGCAAAAUCACAUUAUAUCUCAUCAUUUCUCUCGCCUCCGUCUCACUGCUGUGUUUGGUGACAUUUUUGGUCUUAUUGGUAAAAUGUGCUCGAAGCAGUAGAGGCAGCUCGAGUUGCUGUAUCAGACGGAGCGAUUGUGAAUAUAAAAACCCCAACAGAAACCUGCAGAUCCAGCUCAACACUGACGGACCCAUUAAAUAUGUGGAGGUGCUGGGAGGAGACAUGAUGUCUCAGAGUCAGUCCUUCGGCUCCUAUCUCUCUCCAAUGUCCGAAUUCAGUGAUUUCACCCUCGUUAAGCCCAGCAGCACCACAGACUUUACAAACACUCUGAGCGUGCUCGAUGCGUCACUUCCGGACAGCACGUGGACGUUUGAGAGUCAGCAGGUGAGAGUGUGAUCUGUUGA